AUGCGAGGGAAAGUAAUUGGAAAGACCGCCCGCGGCCGUGGCGAGGCCAUGGCCGCUGGAUGCAAGCAAUCGGACGGUGAGAGAGAGCUUAAUAGGCUCUGGAAGAACAUUAGGAGCCCACCCACCAUGAAAUUUGGAAAGGCCCUUCGGCGCGUGAUCGAUCAGACGUUUCCGGCAUGGCAGGAAUUUUUCAUUGCGUACAAGGAUCUCAAGCAGCAGCUCAAUCGCAUCGCAGCAAUCCGGCAGCAAAUGCCCAAUCCAGCAGAAAUGCCGGCGAGAUCGAUCAUCGCCCCCGCCGAGACCGCGGAAGAGAUGCGCUUCGUCACGCUCCUAUAUCGCGAAAUCUCCAAGCUCAAUGCCUUCUUCAGCGAGGAGGAGGAGGAAUUCGUGAUCCGGUUCCAGGAUCUGCGAGAGAGGGCAGUGGAGAAUCACGCUAGCCGCGGCGGCUUGCUCCGGAUCUGGCGAGAUCUCGUGUGCCUCCAUGGCGAGAUGAUCUUGCUCGAGAACUACAGCUCCAUCAAUUGCCUGGGGCUGGUGAAGAUCGUGAAGAAGCACGACAAGCUGAGCAGCAGCGUGGCGCUCCUCCGCCUCCCAUUCGUGCGGAGGCUAUUGCGGCAGCCAUUCUUCCAGACGGAGCAGCUGUUCGUGCUCAUCGCCGAGUGCGAGCGGAUCUUGCGCGCGCUGGAGAGAUCGCUGCGAUCCGUGGCGGCUGAUGGACACGACGAGGAGGGAUUCGACGGGGACGAUGGAGACGACCAAAGCGGCAGGAUUGUGAGGAGCACCGUGGCGGCACUGGGGACGAUCCAGCAUUUGCGCAACGGGAGCUCCACGUAUGGUCCUUCUUCCCUACGUUACGACUGAAGAACCCUAAAAACAGAGCAAAUGUAAAAAAAGAAGUAAGCCUUUAAAACAGGAAUAUCUUACGAAUAUAGGGCUAGUUCUCUACCAUUUU